GGUACUAUUGUUAUAAGGAUUAGUGACUACCAUCGUGCAUGGUUAUUCGAUGGUUUUUUUCUUCAGAAGGUAUUCAUUUUUCGUUAAGAGAGGAUCUGUUUGUCGUGAGUAAUCAGUCAAUUGUCGUAGCUAAAUUUGAUAAUCGACGCGUCAAUUCGGUGGCCGUUGACCAAUAAGUGGUCGUGGCUUAAAUUGACGUUAAUAGAUCGAAAGAUUACCGGCGUUCCCUUGAACAACGACUGUGUGAUCAUUUGCCCGGGAUUUUUUCGUUCAACCCUCGACCACCAUCAAACUUUAUUUGUUGAUAAUCCUUUCAUCAAGGUCGUCGGCCUUUACCGACGACUUUACCCCGGAUGUCGUAAUAAUCUGUAACACAACAACAAUUCAAUCCUCUGGAGAAAACCAAUCUUGAAAAGAAUAGAGAGAAACGGAAGAGGAAGAAAGCAAGUAAGAGAGGGAGAGGAAACUAACGAGGAAGGACAAUCGCGGCGUCGGUGGCUGCGACAACGACGUUUGGAAAUUAUUUAUUAGUUGUUAUUGUUAUUGUUUUUAAAAUCAGUGAAAAAGUUGUAAAUAAUCAGCCAUGAAGCUUGUCGACCACGUGGUACGGAGCUUCAAAGUGGCCAAGGUCUUCCGUGAAAACUCUGACCGUAUAAACAGCAUCGAUUUUUCACAAAGCGGUGACACUUUAAUCUCAUGCUCUGAGGACGAUCAAAUAGUCAUCUAUGAUUGCGAGAAAGGCACUCAAAUGAGAACAGUUAAUUCGAAAAAAUAUGGUGUUGACUUAAUUCACUUUACCCAUGCUAAAAAUACUGCAAUUCACAGUAGUACGAAGAUUGAUGACACAAUACGCUACCUCAGUCUACAUGACAAUAAAUACAUCAGAUAUUUCCCUGGUCACACUAAGAAAGUCGUGUCUCUGUGUAUUAGCCCUGUCGAGGAUACCUUUCUCUCUGGUUCUCUCGACAAAACACUCCGACUAUGGGACUUGAGAUCACCAAACUGUCAUGGUGUAAUGAAUGUCUCUGGCAGACCAGUUGCAGCUUAUGAUCCAGAAGGGCUUAUUUUCGCUGCUGGUGUUAAUUCUGAAUGUAUCAAACUCUAUGACCUUCGUAGCUUUGACAAAGGUCCUUUUGUUACAUUCAAGUUAUCGCAAGAAAAAGAGUGUGAUUGGACAGGUUUAAAAUUUAGCCGUGAUGGUAAAACUAUUUUAAUAUCAACUAAUGGAAGUAUAAUACGUUUAAUAGAUGCUUUUCAUGGAACUCCACUUCAAACAUUUGCUGGUUAUCUCAAUAAUAAGGGCAUUUCCAUUGAAGCUAGCUUUAGUCCAGACUCACAGUUUGUUUUUAGUGGAUCUACUGAUGGAAGAGUCCACGUUUGGAAUGCUGACACUGGUUAUAAGGUUUGUGUACUGAAUGGUGAUCAUCCAGCUCCUGUUCAAUGCAUUCAGUUUAAUCCAAAAUACAUGAUGCUCGCGUCAGCAUGCACUAACAUGGCAUUCUGGCUACCAACCGUAGAAGAUACAGCGUAAAGAGCUUCCAUGUGGUUUUUUCGCAAUACGUUUAAUAAACAAAACGAUCUCAUCAGUGAUCAGAAAAAAAGGACAUGAGUGAAUCAAUUUUUCUUAUAAAGUUUUUUUUAUUCACUCGAGGAAGUCUAGAAUUAAAUGUCAUCAAAUUAUGGUGGCGAAUGGAUAAAAAUUGACGAUGGAUCCAUGUCCGAACUGCAUUUUUUUUUUACUAUUACAAACGAUCCACCUGAAAGAUUCUCUUCAUCAAUAUCAACGGCUGGACUUCAAGAGGAUGAAGGAGUUUUUUCUAUUAUUUUCAUGAGGGACCUACCUGCGCAUUAAUGAAGAUCAAGAUAUGCUAAAACGUGAUCAACAAUAAGACAGAGAAGAGGAGAGAUGAUGCGCUGUUAAAUAAUUGUAUUAUUUUUUCUUCUGUUGUCUAGAACAGAACCGGGCAAACUAGGAUCUUUUAGCUCCUCAGGUAGGUGAAAAGCUAUGCUAGUCAUACAGAGGUGCUCCCAAAAGUCAAAGUUUGUCCGGCUCUGGUCUGAAGAUACUGUUAUUAUCUCCGUCAUUGACAUCGACACUUAUGAUACACCGAUAUUGCGUAUGUUUAUCUUUCGGUCACGUUACUGAACUUUAACUAAAUACCGUUAGUAUUCACACAUGUUUUCAACCCAUGUACAUAGUUAUGUUCAUGUGUACCUGUGCUUAUGAUUACGGUUCCACUAUCAAUUGUGUGCUUGAGAAGAAUACUGUCAUCACGUUCGAACAAAUUAUUCAUCUUAACAAAGAUAAUAUGAAACAAUGAAACAUUUUUUCUUUGUAAAAAUUAGCAGCUAUUCUUUUUUCCUAAAAAAAAAAUUCAUUCAGAAAAAAAAAAUAUAAGAUAUUGAAAAAAAUAAAAUAUGAAUAUGAAUGUUUGGUCGAACACUACCCUCCUCAAUCAUACCCUUUCGUUUAUGUAAAUAUGGCACUCCUUUUAUUAUUCAUCCGAGGACACAUAACAAACAUUGUCCCCUUUCUCUUGUCUUUAAACAUUUCCUCUCAACUCCCUCAUUUACUCUGCAUGAAAUGACGUGACUAUCCCUAUUGCAUAAUAUAAAUGUGAUGUGGAUGUGAGCAUGAGUGUGAGAAAGGCGUUCGUGAUUCGAAGGACGAGUAUAAAUGUGCAACUCGAUGUAAUAUAGUAUUUUUUAUAAAAUAUAUAAACAACUAAAAUAA